CAAUAUUGUCCUAGGCACUCUGUUUGGCAUUUAAACAAAAUAUCGUCUGCUGGGGAUUUAAAUGUAAUUUAUUAUUCGGCCAAACAAUAGAUUCUUGAUUAAAAGGUACAACAACCAGAAUAAAACGUAUAUUAAAUGUCUAGAAAGAAUAUGAAAGUGUUUUGACCAAUGAAAACAAUCGGAAGGAGUCAUUGACAACUCUCUUGACAACCACGCGUAAAGCGCGAGAUUUUUGGUAGAAAUGGCGACGAGAAGUGCAACGAGUGAUAACAGGAUAGAUCUUCUCGCCAAUCCCAAAAGUGUUCCCAACACAUUUCAGGAAGACAGGCGGUCGGUGUAUUGGGUUGACAGACAACCCCCUACUGCAGGGCCACAUGGAACCACACAAAUCAGUGGGGUGCGUAGAACUGUGAGUGACUCGGCAUAUAUUGCCAGUGCCCGGGUCCAGGAGCUAGCCAGACACCGCACACCUAAUCAGCAUGGCUGGCGAGGAGACAGACCCACCCCUAUCUGGGCUGUACGUGAUGGGGCUAAGAAGGCAGAGGCAGGGCCCCGCCUGGUGGCGCUCAGUGAACACAAAGAACCCCACCCCCGUUAUCUGUUUGACAGGACCGCCUAUAUGACAAUGCCACUCAUCCAAGUAAGCGAUGGAGCCACAAAAGCAACCCCUACAGAAAGAUUAGAAACAUUGUCCAAACCAAAAGAUAGGAGGGAUCGCGACAAGUUUGGGGUCAUCACCUUGGCAACAUCAUGGGGUCAAUACAACCCAGUGGCCCCCGCUGCAAAGACCGCCCAGUGUACUCCACACGUAGAGUCCCUCGCGGAGCCCAAGAAAUACCACCCCCGCUUUGUGGGGGAGAAGCCGGUUCAGUGGCAGGUGGACGAGAGUGCCCUGAAGGCCAUCGCUAACCUCCGGCUACAACAACUGUGUCGGCCACGGAGUCGCACCAUGAUCAAAGACGAUUACGAUCCGUACAAAGUCUCCAUGGCAGCCAGGAGGGCUCAUGCUACUCCACGAGUAGAAGAACUUUGUGUACCUAUCCCUAGAAAAGUCAGGGCUAAAAAGAUAGUGUAAAAGACCUUAUGGUUGUUAAAUUGAUGUCAUCCUUGAUUGCUUCUGGUGAAUUUUUCGUUUAAAUUAAUUCAAUGAUACUAUUGAAAGAUGAUACGUUUUUUCAAAAUGCUCAAGAUUUUUAAAAAUAAUCACAGAAUAGUAUUCUACAUGUUAUCCUGCCAACAUAGCUACUUUAUAGAUGUACAUUGUAUUAUUUAUUUAUUAGGCUGUGAUAUCUUACAUGUUUACUCAUUGAAAUUCUCUGUGAUUUAAGAGCAACAUUUCAGUAUUAUGUAUUUAGUUUAUUUUACCAGAAUGUUUUAAACUUAUCUUGUGGUUUCUUGCCAUAUAUCAUAUUUUCAGUUUUAAAACUUGUUCUUCACUUUACCUGUCAAUUAAGUCAUAGAAUACAGAGGGUGGAUUAAGUAGUGUAGUUAUUUAUAAACUAAUGAAGAAAAUCUCUAUCAAUUUCAAAGAUUAGAAUGAUGAAAAUAAUGAAUCAAAUUUAGAUGUAAAUUCAAUGAUCUGAGUCAAAAAUAUCUUAACCACUCAUUCAGUGUGUUUUUUAACAAGGAGUCUUGUCAUGUCAGAAUGGUAAAAGGGGACUCGUCUUAAUUUUAGUCCUUAGUUUCUCAUAAUGAAAUAGCUGUCAUAAUUCAUCAUUCAGAUUUACAUGUGAUAUAUGUCAUGUCUUAUUUCUAUGUUUUAUACAGAAAACUUCAGCAUUAUUACAAAAACAAAAACCUUGUCUCAGUAUUAUGUUCUUUACCUAAUUAGUAUAGAAAGAUGUUGCCAUGAUAAUGUUCAUUAAGUAAAAAUUUAGCUACUCAGAGAAAACAAGAAAAAAUUGAGGGUGCAAAUUCUAGCAGUAUUAAAUUUAGUUAAUUUUAAAAAUUUUAUUUAAAAUGUUCUUCAGUAUUAUUCUUUUACUGA